GCAUGGGAGGUGUGUGUGUGACAGUGAAGACCACUUGAUUCCACCGGAGGUCAUUCACAGAAAGUGAUUUACUGGAGCGCCUGCGCGGCAAAUCGUAACAGAGAGAAUGAGCAGACGAGUGGGCGACCUCAGCCCGAAGCAGGUGGACAUUUUAGCCGAGUUUCGGGAGCGGCUUGAGGACGUUCUACCAGACCUUCCCGCGCAGCAUGAUCACUACCUGCUCCGCUGGCUCCGAGCCCGAAGCUUCAAUGUUCAGAAAGCAGAGGCGAUGCUUAGAAAGCAUCUGGAGUUCAGGAAACACAUGAAAGCAGACAGCAUCAUCGCUGACUGGAGGCCUCCUGAGGUGAUCGAACGGUAUGUGUCCGGGGGGAUGUGUGGGUACGACCUCGAGGGAAGUCCCAUCUGGUAUGAUGUCAUUGGGCCCCUGGACCCCAAAGGUCUGCUGCUGUCCUGCACCAAACAGGACUUCAUGAGGACCAAGAUCAGAGACACAGAGAUGCUCCGCAGAGAGUGUCAGAAACAGACAGAGAAGUUGGGCGUUAAUGUGGAGACGAUAACCCUGAUCUAUGACUGUGAGGGACUGGGCCUGAAGCACCUGUGGAAGCCUGCUUUAGAGGCCUAUGGAGAGAUUCUUACCAUGUUUGAGGAGAACUAUCCUGAAGGACUCAAGAGGGUGUUUCUCAUCAAGACUCCUAAGCUAUUCCCGAUGGCCUACAACCUGGUCAAACACUUCCUGAGUGAAGAGACACGUCACAAGAUCAUCAUUCUGGGAUCUAACUGGCAGGAGGUGUUACUUAAGCACAUUGACCCGGAGCAACUCCCGGUGGCGUACGGAGGAACCCUUACUGACCCUGAUGGUGACCCUCGCUGUCGAACCAUGGUGAGAAAGAGGGAGGGAGGGAGCGAGGACUUCCACAAAGCUGUGAACGAUCUGAGAGACAAGAUAAACUACGGCGGUACGGUGCCCAGGUCGUACUAUGUUCAGGACAAUAUGGUCAAGGUCCAGUACGACAACAGUGUGACCAUCAGCCGAGGCUCCGCCUUCACACUGGAGUAUGACAUCACCACCCCCAGCAGCAUCCUCAGGUGGCAGUUUGCCAGUGAUGGGGCAGACAUAGGCUUUGGGGUGUUCAUGCGGACCCAGGAGGGGGGUGGGGCUCAGAAGGUGGGGGACAUGCUGCAGGUGGUGCCUAGUGAACGCUACAACUCACACAUGGUCCCAGAGGACCGCUCACUCACCUGCCCCGAGCCUGGAACUUACGUGCUGCGUUUUGACAACACCUACAGCGUGCUGCAGUCGAAGAAGAUCAGCUACACUGUCAAUGUUCUACUGCCAGACGGACAGACACAGAGCCCUAGGAGUAUCAGAGGGGGUGGACGGCUGGAGUAACACACACACGCACAACACGCACGUACUAACAGACAGGCACAGAGCCCUAGGAGUAUCAGAGGGGGUGGACGGCUGGAGUAACACACACACGCACAACACGCACGUACUAACAGACAGACACAGAGCCCUAGGAGUAUCAGAGGGGAUGGAAGGCUGGAGUAACACACACACAACA